ACAUGAAGUGUUGAUCAGAUACUGUCUUGCAGAACUAGUUAAACUGUUUGAUGACGUACUUGUGUAUGACUUGUGUUGUGUGUGUGUGUGAGUGUAUUAAUGUGUGUCUGUGUGUAGCUAUAACAGACGAUACGCUGAGGUUUGUGGGUCAGAGCCGCAGGCUGGUGGUGGUUGUGAGUCCGUGCAGCGCUGUCCGCGGGACACAGGCUCUGCUCGAGCUGCAGGCCGGACUGACCAGCAUGCUGCACGGCGGCAGCCUCAGGGUGGUUCUGAUCCAGUUCAAACCGGUCCGGAGGAAGAGCUGGGUCAAAGAGCUGCGCCGGGCCCGGCUGGCGCUGACACUCAUACGCUGGAAGGGCGAGAAAUCGGCCCCUCUGUCCUCACGCUUCUGGAAACAGCUGCAGCUCGAGCUGCCCAUGAGGAGGGACACACAACACACACACACACACACCCAGCUACCGGAUAUCACACAACACACACCCGACACACACACACAAAACACACGUCAGGCAGAAGAGAAACUCUGCGAUCCUUAUUCUACCAGUGCCUCAUAGACAACCAGCAUACGUACCCUCGCUCACUUGAUUUGUAUAGCGCUUUUCACAAUAUGCAUCAUUUAAAAGCAGCUUUACAGAAAAAAAGAAAUAGUAGAUGCCAUAUAGGAUUUUCAGUGUAGAUUUAGUAUUACAUUUGU